AUGAAAGAAGCAAAAUUGUAUGUAUACAAUGGAAAGUUUAGUGAAUUUGCUAUGAAGAAGGAUGAAGAUGCAUCCGGUAUGUUCAACCGGUUGAAUGAUAUUGUGAAUGAGCUCAAGGGUCUUGGUUUCAAUAUUCUGAAUGAAGAUUUUUCUCACAAGGAAGCUCAUGACCUAGCAAUUGAUGAUGGGAAGAAAAGUAUGGCACUCAAGGCUCAAUCAUCGAAAGAGAACAAUAAUGAUGAACAUGACAAUAAUGAUGACUCCAAUGAAGAAAUUGCUCUUUUUGUUAAAAGUUUCAAAAGAAUCAUAAAGAACAAGAAUUAUGAACAUGGCAAUAAUGAUGACUCCAAUGAAGAAAUUGCUCUUUUCGUUAGAAGUUUCAAAAGAAUCAUAAAGAACAAGAAUUAUGAUAAGAAGGGCCAAUCAUCAAAGAAGAAUCUAUUUGAAGACAAGAAGUGCUUCGAGUGUGACGAAAUUGGUCACAUUGUCAUGAAUUGCCCAAAUAAUAAGAAGAAGAACAAGAAAGGUGAUGACAAGGAAUGGUCAAGCAUUUUAAAAGGAAUUGCCGACAUCGCCAUCAAGGAACCUCCAUCACUCUUCUCUACGCCCUUUUGUCUCAUGGCAAAAGGUGACACGAAGGUAUCACAAGAUGAUGAAUUUAAUAAUGAACUUACUUAUGAUGAUCUUGUGAGAAUGACCAAUGAUACCGAUGACUACAUGUGUAAAGAAAAGGAAAAGUUAAGGGAUUUGAAGAUGAAAUACCAAUCUCUUCAAGUUUCCUAUGAGGAGCUAAAGACCUCUCAUGAGAAUCUAAAAGAAACUCAUGAGAAGCUUGAGGAAGCUCACAACUCUUCUCUUGCACAUGAGGUCAAAGGUAAAGUGAGCAUAAGUGUUGGAUGUGAUAUUCUAAAUGAUGAAUCUUGUGCACCUAGUUCAUCUAACCCUUUUUGUAGCUCAAGUGAUAUAUCUUGCAUAAGUGAUGGCUUUUCUUGUGAUUCUUCUCUCGUCAUGGAAAAUGAAAUGUUGAAAAAGGAAGUCAAUUGUUUGGUUAAGGAUUUGAAAAGGUGCUAUGAUAGUAAAGCUCAAUUCAAGCACAUUUGGACAAGCCAAAAGUUCACUUUGAAUAAUGAAGGUCUUGACGAUGUUCCUAAGUGA